AUGGCAAGAUCAGAGAUUGAAACUAAUCCCAUGACAGAGAUUAAGAUCAAACUUAUAGGAAAGAGGACUAAAGAUGCAAGGACAUAUAACUUGCCCCAAGUUGGAGAAGUUGCUGCAUUGAUUGUGGGAGAUAUAGAUCCAAACAUGGGGCAACGUGAUAUCUUGGUAGAAUCAAAGGCUGGUCAUUUUCAAAGAAUCAGUGAAUUAAAUCCUGCAUAUCUCCCACUUCAGUAUCCAUUGCUCUUUCCAUAUGGUGAAGACGGGUAUAGAGAGGACAUUCAAUUUGCAGAAGUUGAUGGUAGAACUGCAACAGGGAGAAAUCGCAUUAGUCCUAGAGAAUAUUUUUCUUUUCGUCUGCAGGAUAAAGUGUAUGAAACGUCAACAUUGUUGUAUGCUAGAAGGUUAUUUCAACAAUUUCUGGUGGAUGCAUAUACUAUGAUUGAAUCAGGGCGCUUAGUAUACAUUAGGACUCACCAGAAAUCCCUUCGAUGUGAGUCAUAUAAAUGUUUGACAGAUGCAUUAACACGUGGAGAAAUAGAUCCUACGGCCCAAGGAAAGCGCAUCAUUUUGCCAUCGAGUUUUACUGGAGGCGCAAGAUAUAUGGUUCAGAAUUACCAAGAUGCGAUGGCAAUUUGCAGAUGGAUUGGGUAUCCAAGUCUUUUUAUUACAUUCACAUGUAACCCCAAGUGGCCGGAGAUUGAAAGAUUUUUACAAGCAAGGAGAUUGAAGGCUGAAGAUAGGCCAGAUAUUAUAUGUCGUGUUUUUAAGAUGAAGUUAAAUGCACUUAUAAAAGAGCUUCGGAAAGAUAACAUUUUUGGAUCUGUUUUAGCAGAUAUUGACAUGAUGAUAUCAGCUGAGGUACCAAGUGAAUUGUGUGAUCCUGAGUAUUACAAAGCUGUAGAAGAAUUUAUGAUGCACGGACCCUGUGGUUCAGUGAGGAAGAGUUCACCUUGCAUGGUGAAUGGUAGAUGCUCUAAAUUCUACCCAAAGAAAUUUGUUGAGAAGUCCACUUUGGAUGAAGAUGGCUACCCUAUUUAUCGUAGGAGCGAUAAUGGGCGUACCAUAACAAAGAAUGCAUUGAGCUUGAUAGUAGAUAUGUUGUUCCACACAACAGGCAACGACAGGGUUACAGCUGAAUUCUACAAUAGUGCGGCAGAAGAAGGUACUGGAAAGGAGAUAGAUGAAAUAAAGAUGUAUUAUGAUUGUAGGUAUAUUUCACCAUGUGAGGCCGCUUGGAGGAUAUUUGCAUUUGAUAUACAAUUUAGGGAUCCUUCUGUUGAGCGAUUGAGUUUUCAUCUACCAAAUGAGCAAUCUAUCAUAUUUGAUGAUGAUGAUGUAGUCGACGAUGUUGUCAAUCGUCCAACAGUCGCACACAGUAUGUUCACUGCAUGGUUUGAGGCUAACCUCAAAUACACCCAGGCCCGACAAUUGACGUAUGCAGAAAUGCCAACGAAAUUUGUUUGGAAAAAAGAUAAAAGAGAAUGGAAUCCUAGGCAAAGGAAGUGGGCAAUCGGUCGUAUUUUCUAUGUUCCACCCAAUUGUGGCGAACUCUUUUAUCUUAGAUGCCUUCUAAACAUGGUUCGUGGACCGACUUGCUUUGAUGAUAUCAAAACGGUGGAUGGUGUGCAAUAUAAUUCAUUUAGAGAUGCAUGUUAUGCACGUGGUUUAAUUGAGGAUGAUAAAGAAUAUGUUGAUGCAAUAACUGAAGCAGCAUUGUGGUCUUCUUCCCAUUCUUUGAGGAAAUUGUUUGUUACAUUAUUGACCUCAAACUCAAUGGCCAAGCCAGAAAAUGUAUGGGAAGUUGUUCGGCAGUACCUAUCAGACGAUGCUGAAUUCAAUGCUAGAAGAAAUUUAAAUAUUCCAGAUUUAAUCCUCAAUGAAGCCCAAAAAUACAAUUUUGCUUUGAUUGAAGUUGAAAAGUUGUUGAGUACUUGGAACAAGUCAUUAGCAGAUUAUCCACCCAUGCCAAUACCAGAUAGAAGUAAUGACUGGUUUUUAGGUAAUCGGUUGUUGUACGAGGAAAUGGCGUAUGACCGAGAAGCUUUAAAACAAGAACAUGAAAGUUUGGUUUCAAAACUAACUGAUGAACAGUUAUCAAUCUACAAAAAAGUUAUUCAAGAUGUUCAAUCAAAUAAAGGUGGGUUGUUCUUUGUUUACGGAUAUGGUGGCACAGGGAAAACAUUUUUAUGGAGGACAAUGUCAGCUGCUUUAAGAUCCAAGGGUGAAGUUGUUUUAAAUGUGGCAUCAAGCGGUAUAGCUUCUUUACUACUACCUGGUGGGAGGACUGCACACUCAAGGUUUGCUAUACCCAUUUCUAUUAAUGAAGACUCCACUUGCAACAUUAAGCAAGGUAGUCCACUUGCUGAAUUGAUUGUAAAAGUAAAGAUGAUCAUUUGGGACGAAGCUCCUAUGAUGCACAAACAUUGUUUUGAAGCAUUAGAUAGAACAAUGAGAGACUUAAUGCGUUUCUCAAAUUCAAAAAGUUCAGAAAUGACAUUUGGUGGAAAAACAGUUGUCCUCGGUGGUGAUUUUAGACAAAUACUUCCAGUUAUUCCGAAAGGCACAAGACAAGAUAUAGUACAAGCCAGUAUUAAUUCGUCUUACUUGUGGAACAAUUGUGAAGUUCUUCGUUUAACCAAGAAUUUGCGUUUGUGUGGUAUUACAAUUGGAGAAGAGGUUGAGAAGUUAGAGACUUUUGCAAAUUGGAUUGCUGAUUUAGGCGAUGGAAAGUUAGGUCAAAACAAUGAUGGUGAGUGCAAUAUAGUUAUUCCGUCUCAGUUUGUAUUGCAAAACGAAGGUGACCCCAUCAAAGAAAUUGUUGAUAACACAUUUCCUUCGUACUGCAGUGGGGAAAUGGAUCCUAAACAUCUUGAGUCAAGAGCUAUAUUGGCUCCAACAUUAGAUGUUGUUGAUCAUGUCAAUGAAUACAUGAACAAUAUGAAUCAAGCAUCUUCUAAGACAUAUUUGAGUUGCGAUUCGGUGUGCAAGUCAGACACAAAUGCUAAUAUGUUAUCUGAAGUACACACCACUGAAUUUCUUAAUAGUUUGAGGUGUUCAGGUGUCCCAAACCAUUCAUUAACAUUAAAGGUCGGAUCUCCAAUUAUGCUUUUGAGGAAUAUAGACCACUCAUUGGGCCUUUGUAACGGCACACGGUUGAUCGUUACAAAAUUAGGCAACCAUGUAAUCGAAGCUCAAAUCCUAUGUGGAAACAAUGCAGCCGUGCAUCGCACGGGUGACUUACUAAAUGUCACCUACCCCUUUCAGAAGCCCUAUAAAGAAGUUCCCAUCAUAUUUGGGGAGUGGUGGAAGGUAGACCCUGAGGCUGUUAUUAGCCAGGCACUUCAAACAGGAGGUGGUCCUAAUGUUUCAGAUGCAUACACCAUCAAUGGGCUUCCAGGGCCCUUGUAUAACUGUUCCUCUAAAGAUACAUACAAGCUGAAGGUGAAGCCAGGGAAGACAUACAUGCUCCGACUGAUCAAUGCCGCCAUGAACGACGAACUCUUCUUCAGCAUCGCAAACCACACCCUCACCAUAGUCGAAGCCGAUGCUACUUACAUCAAACCAUUCGAAACCGACGUGGUAGUCAUAACACCAGGGCAAACCACCAAUGUUCUCCUCAAAACCAAGCCUUUUCACCCCAACGCCUCCUUCUUAAUGGAAGCCCGCCCUUAUUUCACCGGCCAAGGCACCUUCGACAACUCCACCGUCGCCGCAAUCCUCCAAUACCAACACCCUCCGCCUCCCAGCAAUAAUGUUAAUGAGAAAAUAAAAAUGUUUAGACCGACCCUGCCAGCUUUGAACGCCACCAGUUUUGUGGCGAACUUUACCCGGAAGUUCCGGAGUUUGGGCAGUUCCAAGUUCCCCGCGAAUGUUCCGCGGGUUGUUAAUAAGCGGUUCUUUUUCACCGUGGGGUUAGGCUCGGUGCCCUGCCCUAAGAACGUGACGUGUCAGGGGCCUAACAAUAACAGCCGUUUUGCGGCGUCGGUUAACAAUGUGUCUUUUGCUCUUCCAUCCACGGCUCUCCUACAGGCCUACUUUUCCGGCAAAUCUAACGGCGUGUAUACCGCGGAUUUCCCCGUUAACCCGCCCAACCCCUUUAACUACACCGGCGCGCGGCCCAAUAACACCGCGGUCGGAAAUGCCACGCGCUUGGUGGUUCUGCCGUUCAACGCUAGCGUUGAGGUGGUGUUGCAGGAUACGAGUAUUCUUGGGGCGGAGAACCACCCCCUACACCUCCAUGGCUUCAAUCUUUUCGUGGUUGGUGAAGGGUUUGGGAACUUUGACCCCAAUAAAGACCCCGCUGGGUUUAAUCUGAACGACCCUGUGGAGAGGAACACCGUUGGAGUUCCCGCAGGUGGCUGGGUUGCACUUCGUUUCUUUGCAGACAAUCCUGGGGUGUGGUUUAUGCACUGUCAUUUUGAUGUGCAUACAAGCUGGGGAUUGCGGAUGGCUUGGAUCGUGCUAGACGGAUCGCUACCCAAUCAGAAGUUGAUGCCACCACCGUCAGAUCUUCCCAAGUGCUAACCAAAACCGUCUGAUCAGAU